UUGAACAAAAGCAGAUGGGAACCUGGUGAAUCCCUGAUGUUGGUCCCCUCUUCACAGCAGCUGAAGCAGGUGGAUUUGGUGGAUUUGGUGGAUUUGGUGUCCUUUUCUUUCACUGGCUCAGAUAUUAUGAAGUCAGGGGCCGAGAUGGAGCAGCCUUCUCUGGCCAAUUCUUCUCCCACUGCUUGUUCUCUCUGAUCUCAGACCAAAACCAAACUGUACAGUUCCCUUUGAAGAAAGCUACCAAGUGAUCACUGCCACAGCCUCUCCAAGGCCAGGGAAAGGGAACAAAACUUCUUGCCUAAGCUAACAGAAACCAAGCUAGCCGAGCAAAAAAGAAAAAAAGAAUGCAGUCUGCACAGCACCACAGAUGCCUGGGGAGUGAUGCUUUGAAAAAGCCCAAGGAAGGGGGCUUACCCUCCCCCCCCCCAGACCCACCUUAGAGGUACAGCAACCAUUUUGGGCAUAAAACAGAUGAUCAGGGAAUAAUUAUAAUCAUAAAAUCACCCAAGACACUGGUUUACUUUCAAAGCAGCACCAAAAAAUGAAGUUACUUGAGUGUAACCAAGGAAUAAUAUGGUUUUUUUGCAAGAGUUGCUCAUAUUUGGAUGUAAGAGGAAUAGGCAUUUUAAACACGCAUUGGUGGCCUAUUCCAGACAAUAUGGGAUACCACUGGCUUAGCAAAAAUCAGGCUAGAAAAGCUUAACCCUGUAAAUGGAAAGGAAUAUGCGCCUGUAGUUGGGGAAUAUUUGUAUUGGAGUUCCAGAAAAGUUCUCAAAAGGACAGCUGGCUACUCCAGCUUGUUGCCUACAUGGUGCUGAUCACCAUUGUUAGGGUACUAGGAAACUUCAGUUUCAUUAGUGAUUGUUGCACUUUUGAUGUCUUAUAAGUUUCUUUUUACAGACUGCUAUAAGUUUGUUGCCAGCAAAUUUUACUGAAAGCUGUUCCCCACUGACCUUUUUCUCUUUCCCUGGGUAGAAUUUCUGGGGAUCUCCCUGGUACCUGGUUGGAGGGAGGGAUAAGGGUGGUAAUCUGGGAUAUGUAUACUUAGUUGGGUUCUGGUGGUACCUGAACCUGUAAGGGUAUGGCUCUAAAAGGAAAGGCAGCCUUAGUUGAACUCACAAACCUAUUUUCAAGCCAAGCUUAGAAGUCCAACAAGCAUGAAAAAUAUUUUUGUAAAAUUGUCUAACAUUUAAGAAGGCUGAAGCUCACCAAAGAAGACUGUUACAUUGAGUUAGGUUACAAUGCAAGAUGUAACCAAAAGCAUGUGUUAUAUCACCAUUUUCACAAACUGUUAAAACCAGGUGGGGCAGUGCUCUUUAUCUCUUCCAGGACUCAUCCCUGAUAACUCCCCUGGGGAGAUAUCUCUGUUAAUGGGCCAUUGAGUGUCCCUGCAUGGCUGAUAAAAUUCCAUCAUCCCAUUGUGGGAUGCUCCGCCCAGGGGGAGGAGCCAAGCACUCCAAACUGCAUAUAAGCUGAGCUGUGGAGCACCUCAGGCAGCUUUGCCUAGUGGACUUCCAGAGGACAAGAGCCACCCCUGGACCUUCAGAGGAAGAGCAGACCCUUCUGCAGGAUCCCUGCUCCAACAGAACCACAGCUGGCACUGCAGGAGGGCUGCAGCCACCAUUUAACAGGACUGCUGCCACCACCCUGCCCCGCAUUCCGGCUCUGUCAGAUUAAGCCGGUGUUUCCUGCCUUUAUUUUGCAGCCAGCAGCAGAGGAUGGCGGAGGAGGGCAGUGUGUGCAGCUUUGUGUUCAAGAAGCGGGCGCGGGCCGCGGGCAGCGGCCAGCGGAAACGGCCCAGCAGCGAGCAGGAGCGGGACAGCAGUGGGGACGAGGGCAGCACCGUGGUCAGGAGGAAGCUGCCCAGGAACACCCCCAACCCCAUGAUCCAGAGGAGCAGGUGCUGCAUGAGGGAGAGGCCGGAGUAUGCGCGGAGCAGCAGCGAGGAUGAGGAUCCUGCCAAGGAGAUCGGCGUCACCUACAAAUCGAGCAGGUCGGCAAAACCUGUUGGCCCAGAAGACAUGGGGGCCACAGCAGUGUAUGAACUGGACACGGAGAAGGAGAGGGAUGCCCAGGCCAUCUUUGAGCGCAGCCAGAAAAUCCAGGAGGAGCUGCGAGGAAGGGAAGAUGAUAAAAUUUACCGUGGCAUUAACAAUUACCACAAGUAUGUGAAGCCCAAGGACACAUCGAUGGGAAACGCCUCCUCAGGAAUGGUCAGGAAAGGCCCCAUCCGCGCCCCGGAGAACCUGCGGGCCACGGUGCGCUGGGACUACCAGCCUGACAUCUGCAAGGACUACAAAGAGACCGGCUUCUGUGGCUUUGGGGACAGCUGCAAGUUCCUGCACGACCGCUCGGACUACAAGCACGGCUGGCAGAUCGAGCGGGAGCUGGACGAGGGCCGCUACGGCGCCAGUGACAGUGACAACUACGAGGUGAGCAGUGAUGAGGAGGACAUGCCCUUCAAAUGCUUCAUCUGCAGAGGUUCCUUCAAGAACCCCGUGGUCACCAAGUGUCGGCACUACUUCUGUGAGGGCUGCGCCCUCCAGCACUACCGCAAGUCCCAGCGCUGCUACGUUUGUGGGAAGCAAACCAACGGGGUCUUCAACCCUGCAAAAGAGCUGGUGGCAAAAUUGGAAAAACACAAAGGGGAGGACGAAGAGGAGCAACAGUCAGAUCAUGAAGAGGAUCCACAGUAGCAGAACACAUUUUGUACAUAACUGAAUAGAGCUUUUGUAGGAGGAAAAAAACCCAAAAAAAACAGAGUGUGGAGUGGGUGUAUACCUAUCAUGAAGUCUUGGGUGUUCUCAUGUUUUUCCAUCACAUUCAACAUGAGCUAGCAUGCUGACAGUUUGUCAGAUGCAGAAUGCUGUCAGCAAUGGCAGGACAACCUACCCAUCACCCUCCUUGAACCCCGAGACUCAGAUAUUUGAGAAACGUCACUACUAGAAGGAUGUGUUUUUAAUUGAGAUGGUUUUGAGUUUAAUAGUUUCUCGUUUGUAGUGUUGAGUUGUAAUUUCUAGAUAUAUUUGGGAUAUAGGGGAAUUAAGGAUUUUAUCUAUUUAAGGACAUGGGUCAUAAACCUGAACUAAAACCGUUUAUUCUUUGUUCUUUCUUCUGUUGUUUUUGCUAACAGUUCUAAAGUUGAAUUGUUUAUUGUUUGUAGUGUUAAGUUUUAAUUUGUAAUUUCUAACUAGUGAGCCUGCAGCAUGCUAGCCUGGAAGAUUGUGUUGCUGGUGAUCUUGUUUGACAGCUCCUGGAUGAUACACCCCUGUCUAGGGUGGCUGGGCUUGUCCAGCUGGGUGGAAAGCCUUAUUUGAACUGGGCUUAUCAUCUGUGGCAUCAUGCUGCCUUUGUCAUCCUGAUCUGAAGCUGCCUCCAAGCUCAACCAGCCUAGAAGGAAACAAGUGCCUGGGUGAACAAGGAUAGGCUAGAUUCAGAUGUACACAGGGACCCUCAGCCAGUGUCAUUCGGCCCUAAAUGCAGAUGUAUCAUUAGCCAGAGAGCUGGAUGGUGCUAAGACCUCAAUGAAUCACAUGUGUAAGCUUGGGAAAUUUGCAGCUCCUAUAAAAGGAGCUGUGAGAAUAAACUUGAGGCUGUUUGUCACAAGGA